CCUUCCGCUCCUCGACACCUCGUGGCUAGAUCCAUGUCUUCUACGUUCGCCGACCGUCCUCUCAAGAUCCUAGUGCUAUUCGACGUUGACGGGACACUUUCGCUUGCUCGCCAAGCUGCUUCGCCAGAGACGAUGCAGCUCCUCCGUGAGCUCCGGAAGAAGGCCGUCAUCGGCGUUGUGGGUGGCUCAGACUUCGUCAAGGUAUCUGAACAGCUCUCUGUCGGAGGUGCCAACGUGACUGAGGAGUUCGACUACACGUUUGCCGAGAACGGCUUAACCGCUUUCAAGCUUGGCAAACAGCUUGAGCAGGAGUCAUUCAUCAGUUGGAUCGGCGAGGAGAAGUACAAGAAGCUUGCGAACUUCAUCCUGCAUUACAUCGCAGACCUUGACAUUCCUAUCAAGCGGGGUACUUUCAUCGAGUUCCGCAACGGUAUGAUCAAUGUUAGCCCGCUGGGCCGCAACGCGACUAUUCAAGAGCGCAAUGAAUUCGAAGAGUACGACAAGAAAACUGGCAUCCGUGCUGAGUUCGUGCGCGUACUGAGGGAGAAGUUCCCCGACUACGGCCUUACAUUCAGCAUUGGCGGGAAGAUUUCGUUUGAUGUCUUCCCGAACGGCUGGGAUAAGACUUACUGUCUGCGUCAUGUUGCAGAUGAGGGCUUCUCAGAGAUUCACUUCUUCGGUGACAAGACAUACCCGGGUGGCAACGACUAUGAGAUCUUCUCGGACUCUCGUACAAUCGGCCACUCAGUAAAAGACCCACAGGACACCAUGCGGCUUCUCAAAGAGCUCUUCUUCACCUCCUAAAUUAAUUAGAGUCUCUAUGACAGAAUAAGGAAUAUAGGAUCAAGCAUUAAUGUUAUGUCCGCAAUACAUAUUUCCAAGCUUACAUAUAGAACCAGAAAAAUCUACACACGUCCGCGCCAUCUACGCCAAAGCACAGCGCUGACACCGCCCCCAAAUGCGAGCGCGGCGACGCACACAGAGAAAGCGGUCUGCCAGCAUUGUGGACCGUGGCAUACCUGCUCUUCUUCUGGUGCUGUCCUACCCGGCAUGGGUUCUGCUAACGCAGACGACUGUCGAUCAGCUAGGAAGGCGUACAGGUACGAGAAUGCUGUUGUCCCGACAAACGGUGCAUAUGAGAUGAUACCGAAGUUGCGGCCAAGGUUCGCAUGACCAUAAAUUGCGCUGAGAAUACCAGGGAGAAUUGUAAAAGUUAUUCCGUAGGAGAUUCCGACGCCAACGCUGAGCACACUCAUGCCCGCUCCCUGAGAGCGUACAACCGGCGUAUUGCUCGCAAGAAACGAGACGAAGGAAAGCAGCAGGAGCGCGCAAGCGCACAGCAAGAAUGCCAUCCUAGACACAAAAUGCCUGCGGGGGAACGCAUAGUAUACCCCGCUCUUGAAACUACCGCCGGUGAACGGUGCGUCGUCUGCAUCGUCGACGCCUCCCAGUUUGUACCGCGAGCUGCUGGGCGACGGGCCUUCACUACCUGCAGUAGAGUCGGUUGUCGGCCGCGGGUACGAGACAGGCACAGGAGCGAUGAAGUCUGCGAGCGGACCGAUGACUAGCCGCGAGACCAUGUUUGUGAACGAGAGAAGCUGCACUUGAGUUGUUAUUGACGACCCAGCCACUUUCUGGAUCAGGGAUGUGAAGGAGGAUACGCUUGGUGCGCCAAGGGACAAGAAGAUCGACGAAAGAUUGGCGAUAACCAUCUCAGAACAGCCGACUACAAUUGCUAUGAUCGUCAUCAAAGCCCAAAAGUGCGGGUCGCGCAAGAGAUCCAGCGUAGUGCCAUGUUGCGGAGGAGAUACCUCGUAGUGCUCCACAGGGAAUAUGUCCAAUUGGACCGAAGCAGCUUUCUUAGGCGAUGCGGCCUCUGGUAGCGAGGGAGAAGGGAGCUCUGGGAGUAAAGGAGACGUCUCAGACGACGAAGCGGAAGCUUCUAGCCGAGAGGUUGUUUCAAGUGACAUUCUGCGAUGGUAUGGAACAGCAUCCUCUUGGGUUUCCCCUGAAGCCAGGGAUGCUGUAGACGAUAAUCCUGGCAGAACGAGGGCACCAAAGAGAUGGACUAUGCCCGUCACGAC